CACACAGUCGCGUUGUCGCGAGUUCAGUUUGAUUUUAUUAUAAAAUGGGAGAAAAACGUGAUAAAACUUCUGACGAUUAUUUCUCAAUAGUCCAAACUCUCGAAGCUGGAAAACCGGUUCUUUCAAUAGUUCCCCAAAGAUGGGUACAAGGCAAAUAUUUGUACUGGCCGGAUCGAAAAGCGGGACAGCUACUAAAGGAUUCUUCAAGUUGCCCGGCAGCGGGAUGGAGCAAAUUAUUGAGUACUGUAAAACAACAACGAAUCGACAGUUUAACUGAAGCGCAGGAGGAAGCAGCCAAUUUGUCCGGUGUCACGACGGAUAUUUCAGAUGUUUCGUUUUAAACGUAAACAAGUCGAACAGAUUGCGGAUCUGAAUUUUAAUAAUUUUAUAACAGCUAGUCAUGAUGGUUCAGAAAAUCUAAAUGUGCUACCACUUCCACUAACUGUCGUACUGGAAACUGCUGAGCUAGAGAGGCCGCUUUUGGAAUCCGAGAAAGUCGUAGAAGAAUCAGAAACCCAUCCGUAUACACCCACCGUCAGUUUGCAAGAAAUUGAAACGCUACCGUCAUUUCAUGUGGCCCAGAUGCAUAAUGAUUUUUUUCAGCCAUCUGUUGAGCUAACCGAGUCUGCAAAAUGCGAAAUUUUCGAUAAAUUGGACAACAUCAAAAAGAAAUACAAAGUUCUGUGAUGGGAGCCAUUGAAAACAUGAUUGUUAGGACAGUAGCAACAAUAAAAAGCGAUUUGGACGCGAAAUUAGCUUUUAUGCAAAAACUGUCAACACCUGAUAAGGCAAACAUCGACCUGUUUAAUUUUGCUCCUGUCUCGUCCGAGAGUGAACUCAAGGAAUUAGAUAGUAAACUGGAAGAUGCAGAAUAUGCGAAAAAGUUUGUAAGUAUGAACUUUCUGAGUAUACAUUUAUUUUUGAAAAUUUCCGCACAUAUGAGGGAUAGUGGGGCGCAAUGAUUUUGUA